CCGACCACAAUUUUCCGCGGCGGGUGCGUGCGGCGCGUCACAAAUCAUCGUAAUUGUCGCCAAAUAAUAGCCCCACUAACUGCGUUCACUGCACUCAAAUGCCAUUUAAUUGUUGCAUAUGUGCAUAGCUGCACCAUUGCAAUAUCCUGUGCUUCCUCUAAACUCUGAUGCAACGCACACGCAUUUUAUAUCAAAAUGUUCGCGGCGAUCGUGUUCUGCCUCCUAUUUUCAAAAUCAAUCGCUCAACUCAAUGGUGAAUUUUGGUGGUUGAACGCAAAAUUAAAUAAUUUACGCGAAGAACCCUCUCAACCCCGAUUUGAAACGUUAAGUAAAUUCGAUACCGAUGAAAGCGCCAAAAUUGUGUUCAGAGACGACGACCACGGUCUAACUCAUAGAGAAGACAAAUACAACUUAAAUAGAAAUAAAGAUAAAAGUAUAGAUAGAAGUGAAGGAAGUAAAACCAUUGAGUUUCAAGAUAAAAGUGAAAUAUUAUGGCCCGAUCGCUUAAAAGAAACCAUCGUCAAAAAUAAGAAUAAAGUUUCAAAAUCCGCAGUAGAAAAUAAAAAUAACAGCAAUACAAGUAUAACGGUACCUUCCAACAGUGAUGAGUUUGAAUUUACAUUUCCAGACAAUGAUAUUUUUUUGUGGCAAGAUGCUCGAUUUAAUAAUACAGAUAAAAAUGAACUAGAAGUUAUCGUGAACAAUAAUACCAACAAAAACAACUCAAAUAGAAUAAAUAAUAUAGAACAGAAUGACGCAAAUAAAAUCACAUUUAUUGUUAACAAAGUUCCUAUUAAAGUUUACAAAGAUGUAAUUGUGUCACAAACUGAAAGUAUUUGUACAUAUAUGAAGAAAAUGGAAUGCAGUCGCAUUGGGGGGACUGUGUACAGUAGUCGUGAAAGCACAUCAAAAAGACCUAUAUUUGAAACCCGAAUGGUUUGUUGCGUGCUACCAUUACGUCCAGAAUUUUUAUCCUCUCAGAUAUAUUUUUUUGACAAUUACAAACCAGUCAAACGCCUUAAGAGAUCAAAUCAGAACGAUAAGAUUAAUCCAUCACUGAAGCAAAGAAACAACCUUAUGAUCCACAAAUUCGGGUCACAAGCUUAUAAAGCAAGAACAACUACUACAAGACCUGUAAACCAAGGAAUCGUUACGCCCAGUGACGAAUAUGUUGACCCUUACUGGAAUAUCAAAAACAAAAAUUCAAAACAACCCACUACAAAAUAUGAUGAUUAUGAGGAUUAUGUUGAAGAUUACGUAGUCGAAAUACCUCGUCCAGGACUAGUUGGGUUGUAUUCGGACAAUAGGCCUUCUAAAUCAAGUUGGUCUUACCCAAACGUUCCAAUAGUGAAUAAAGGACCCUACGGCCAGAUAGACAGUGAUGAAGAUGGUGGGCCACUUUUUGGCUAUGCCCCACCAACACUCGAUCCGAGGCUAGGAGAUCGUUUACCUACUUCAAAGCCGAGAGUAAAUGGAAGACCAGUGAAACUUACAACUACAUCAGAUGAGCGGACAUAUGAUAUAGAAAGUCAGACAAUCAGCUAUCAGUCGAACCCUGAUUUUCAAGUACUUCAAGGCUUUAAACUUUUAAAUUUGGUACGCAAUAAAAGCAGGAUUUUCCGGAACGGGAAGAAGACAACGACAGAAAGAGUUAUCGAGGAUGAAAGCAAAGAACACGUGCUAACAGCUUCGAGCUUUGAAAGUGAUUACGAUGACAGCUCUUUCGACAAAAAUCAGCAAGUUUUUGGAGAAUGCGGAAAAGUUGUGAAAGGAUCCAAUCGGAGUUUUGAAAACGGUAAACAAAUUGGAGACACGCAGAAAGGGGUACAUCCUUGGCUUGCGUUAGUGGUUUUGACUAGAAGGCGACAAAGUGUUCUGUGUUACGCCACAAUCGUGCAUCCUAGAGCCGCGAUUACCGCCGGGGAUUGCGUGUUUGGUAGAGCAUCCCCUGGGGAAAUAACCCUAAUUGGGGGUACUUGGCGUCUGAAUGAGGAGGACCACGAGGAAUGGCAGAAACGCAUGGCGUCAGUUCAACUACAUCCGCAAUACAAACCUGGACAAUUGACACACAACUUGGCUCUUUUGUAUUGGAAACGCCCACUUAGUAUGACCGUAGAAGUCCAGCCCGCCUGUCUCGCACAUCCUCAUGUGGGCGAUGUCUGCAAGUUCUUUGGCUGGGGAGGAUAUGAUCAAGCAAUCCGCAAGCAAUCGAGGUGGCAAGAAGCCGUGAUCCUGACGCCACACACAUGUUCGGAGCGGGUUACCAGCAAACGUGUACCUAAAGAAGCGUUCUGUGCCUCUGUGCAGUCCCGCGGUACUGUUACAGGAAUAGGCGGUCCACUUAUGUGUAAUGUGGGCGGUCGUCAGGCCGCGGUGGGGGUGGCGGUGUGGCGCGACCACGCAGUCGUGCUUCUGCCGGCGCAGGAGUGGAUUUCGCAGACGAUAGCAGACUUACAGCUGUAGAGAACUUGAGAUGAGAACAGUAUAUUCAGUCUAUUAUGUUUGUCUCACGAUGCAAAAAAGUCGUAAUAUACUGAGAUCAUUUUGUUUUGACUCCUGUUACAGUGUUUUACAAUGCCUUUACCGUUUAAGAUGUUUCUCUAAUUCUUAUACGAUUUGAAG